AUGGGUGUCUUCACAUAUGAGAGCGAGUUCACCUCUGAGAUCCCACCACCAAGAUUGUUCAAGGCCUUUGUCCUCGAUGCUGACAACCUUGUCCCUAAGAUUGCUCCACAGGCAAUUAAGCAUUCUGAAAUCCUUGAAGGAGAUGGCGGCCCCGGAACCAUCAAGAAGAUCACUUUCGGCGAAGGCAGCCAGUACGGCUACGUGAAGCACAAGAUUGACUCCAUUGACAAAGAAAACCAUUCAUACAGCUACACCUUGAUCGAAGGAGAUGCUUUGGGAGACAAUCUCGAGAAGAUCUCGUACGAGACCAAGUUGGUGGCAUCCCCCAGCGGAGGAUCCGUCAUCAAGAGCACCAGCCACUACCACACCAAGGGAGAUGUUGAGAUCAAGGAAGAGCAUGUCAAGGCUGGCAAAGAGAAGGCCUCAAAUCUCUUCAAGCUCAUUGAGACCUACCUUAAGGGCCACCCCGAUGCCUACAACUAA